AUGAUCAGAAUUUCAAAAAUGUUAAUGAGCUUAUGUACCAUCACUUUUGUCGUUGGGCAAUUUGAUUUAGUUUUCUGUGGGCUAUGUAAUUUAUCACCAUGUGCACACAUCAAUGCAACAUGCCACGAUAUUUCUGCAACACAAUAUCAAUGCCUUUGCCCUAAAGACUGGAAGGAUAGUACAUGCAAUGAAACAUUACUUGGCACAGCGUACGAUAGUAACAAUUCAAGAAAUACCACAUCUGAAAAUGAAAACAAACAAUCCACGCCAAAUAUUGACAACCGUCUUACGGAUGAACAGCAAAUCUUCGUAGCCAUCGUCUUAAUAGCAAUAAGUGCUUUGUUAAUAGCAAUGUGCGUGGUCAAUUCUAACAAAAUUAGUCGGCAGCUACAUGCUGCAAAACGCGAGUUAUCAGAUUUGGCUAGUGUAUCACAAAUGCUAUCUUGUCUUCUUAUUGACAAUGGGGUUUGUAAGACGUUAGAUGCUACGCUUCUUGGUGGUACUCAUUGUCAGGGUGUUGUGAUUGUGGGACUCUAUUGCAAGCUAGUAAAAGCGUUUGAGGUUUUCGUCCGUAAAGUAGAAACUGGCGUUGUAUUAGAUGAACAGGAAGAUCGGAAUCUGCAAAUAUAA